AUGGAUUGCUGGGAGCUCCUGCUGGUAGCCUGGAUCACUUGCUUCUUCAGUCUGCCCAGUGAUGGCUUACAAAGGAUUCCCCUCAAGAAAAUGAUCUCAGCCAAAGACAGAUUGAAGUUGAAUCGCAAUCUCUUGGGGAAGAUAAACAAAGACGAGAACUUCUUGCACAAUAAAAUAUUCUCUGUUGUUCUCACCAAUUAUGAGGAUACCCAGUAUUAUGGUGAGAUCAGUAUUGGCAGUCCACCCCAAAAGUUCAAAGUCGUUUUUGACACUGGCUCUUCUGACUUCUGGGUGCCCUCCAUCCUUUGUAGCCCAUUCAACAAAGUGUGUGAGUUUCACAACCAAUACGACUCUACAAUAUCCCACACUUACAAAGAGAAUGAGUCUGAAUUUAUCAUUCCUUAUGCAUCGGGCUGGGUUGAGGGCUUCCGGAGCCAGGAUAUACUGAAUAUUGGUGGAUUGAAGGUGACUCAGUUAUUCCUUGAGGUCACAGCACUGUCUCUGAUACCCUUUGGACUGACUGGGUUUGAUGGAAUCCUUGGCCUGGGGUACCCUAAGGGGGCAAGGAGCAGAAUCACUCCAGUCUUCGACAACAUAAUGGCCAAAAGGGUGUUUGAGGAAGAUGUCUUCUCUAUCUACUACAGCAGGAGUUCAGGGCAGAAAGCUGGAGAGCUGAUACUCGGAGGCAGUGACCCCAACUAUUACAAAGGGACCUUCCACUACAUCAAGACCAGCCACCCAGACUUCUGGCAGAUCCACAUGCAAGGGGUGGCUGUCAAGUCUCAUGUGGUGUCCUGCGAAGAAGGUUGCACUGCAGUGGUGGACACAGGAACAACCUUCAUCACAGGCCCAAUCGACUCCAUAUGGACACUGAUGAUGAUAAUUGGAGCUAUGGAACAGGAGCAAGAGUAUUUUGUAAAAUGUGAUCAGAAAAUCAGACUCCAGGAUAUUGCUUUCAAAUUUAAUGGCAAGGACUUCACACUCCAAGGUUCUGACUAUGUCUUAGAGGAUGUAAAACGCAAAGAUCAGAUGUGCCAGUUGGCCUUCCAUGGCAAGGAUGUAGCUAAACCAAUAGGACCUGUGUGGGUCCUGGGAGCAACCUUCAUCCGAAAGUUCUACACGGAAUUUGACCGGCAUGACAAUCGCAUUGGUUUUGCCUUGGCAGCCUGACCAAUCUCUGCCCACAUCCCUGUUGGAUCCUUUCUCCCUGUUGUGCUUCCAUCCUUGGAACUGGGGCAAGUCCCUCCAUCAAGCUCUCUAAUCCUGCAGACCACUGUUAAUCUUCUGCCUUAACUGAGAAUAAAGUUUCAUUGCUGAAA